UACCCAAUCAAUGUUGUAGUUAAGCACAUUUGCCUCCAAAAAAUAUGUCAACCUUCUUUCUCCUCUCUCUUGCCAUGAUCUCGCUAGUCACUUCCAUAUAUUCUAAACAUCUAACAAAACAAAUAUCAGAAGCAACUGAGUGGAGCUCAAGAAGAAGUCUGCUGGAGAAAGAAUCAUGCAGAUUUGGUAACCCAAUUGAUGAUUGCUGGAGGUGCGACUCCGAAUGGGAAACCAACAGGAAAAUGCUAGCCGAUUGUGCAAUUGGAUUCGGGCGAAAUGCUGUAGGAGGACGAGACGGUGAGUUUUAUGUGGUCACAGAUUCCGACAAUGACGAUCCUGUAAACCCAUUUCCAGGAACACUCCGUUAUGGUGUCAUCCAAGAAGAACCAUUGUGGAUCAUCUUUGAUCAUGACAUGGUCAUCAAGCUAAAGGAAGAACUUCUCAUGAACUCGUACAAGACAAUAGAUGGAAGAGGGUAUAAUAUACAGAUAGCAGAGGGACCAUGUAUAACCAUUCAAAAUGUGAGUAGCAUCAUUAUACAUAACAUAUAUAUACGAGACUGCAUACCGGCUGGAAACACAGUAGUGAGGGACUCAACUAAACAUGCUGGUAUGAGAGGUUACUCAGAUGGGGAUGGCAUAUCAAUAUAUGCCGCUAGAGAUGUGUGGAUUGAUCACUGUACACUAGCUAACUGCCGUGACGGACUUAUUGAUGCCGUAUUAGGAUCAACAGCUAUAACAGUCUCAAACAACUACAUGCUGCAUCAUAAUGAAGUUAUGCUUAUGGGUCAUAGUGAUGACUUCCUUGAAGACAAGAAUAUGCAAGUCACUAUUGCCUUCAACUUCUUUGGCGAUGGUCUGACUCAAAGAAUGCCGAGGUGCAGGCAUGGAUAUUUUCACAUUGUCAAUAACAUAUACACUGGCUGGGAGAUGUAUGCAAUUGGGGGAAGUGCCAAUCCGACAAUCAACAGCCAAGGGAAUGUCUUUGUUGCCAAAUCUACAAAGGAGGUGACAAAGCGUGAAAUCUCAUCAGGAGAUGAGGAGUGGAAGAGUUGGAAUUGGAGAUCAGAUGGAGACAUGAUGCUCAAUGGUGCUUUCUUUACACCUUCUGGUGAAAAGGGUCCGGCAAGCUACAUGAAAGCAUCAAGUAUGGUCGCAAGACCAGCUGCAUUUUUAACUGAUAUAUCUCCUUCUGCUGGAGCUCUAGAUUGUCAGAGAGGCCAACAAUGUUAAACACAGGCCAGCUAAGUAUCUGCUUAAUUUAUUUUAUUCUUUUUCAUGUUUUUGUUAAUUAACUUUUGAAAUAAAUUUAUUGCUUUGAAUCCA